GACGGCAGCGCGCGCGCGCGAGAGAGAGAGAGAGAAAGAGAGAGAUCGGCCGACGAGGAGCGAGGGGGAUGGAGCGGAGCGUAUAGUCGCAGGAAGGCCGCGGUAGUCUUUCUCGGCUGGCUAGGUGAGAUAAGGACGAGGCAGACAAACGGACUGACGAAGGUGCCUGAGGUAGGGAUACUCAGUCUCGCGGCCACGUGCUACACGAGCGCACGCCCCGAGCCGGCCGGCGGUCCAGCCAGCCAGCCAGCCAUCCAGCCAUCCACAGCCAGCUACGACGUCGUCCUCUUCUUCUUCGUUCUCGUAUCAAUCCGCGCGCGAAACUUCCUCCCGUCCAUUCGUCCUCUCUCGCCGUCCGUUUCCCGUUUUUUUCCCUUUUUUUUUUCGUUCAGACGGAACUGUCGAAAAGUCGCGCGCGAUCGGUGGUGGUUGGUUCUUCGGCAUGCUCCGGGAGGAGUGUCACGCGCGCAGUGAUCUCGCGAGGAGAGACAUCGGAGGGACACGUAUAGGGGCUGCUGUGAUUGUCCGCGCGGAGGGCGAUAUCCUCGUACUGUGAUUCUUCCAUCCGACGGGUGACACGUUCGCGUUUCUCUCUCCCUUUCUCCCGUCGGAGGAUAUUUCCGACACGAGUGUAUGUGUGUAACCGCACCGUAGGUUUAUAGAGAUCAGAGAGUUUUGGUGUUACCCGCGACGUAAUCGCGGCUGAGGACGAGCGCGUACUGUUUGACAACACAACGCCAGUGCGUGGAUGAGGAACGUGCGUCGAUGUGCUUCUUCUGGUGCCGGAUAAGGGCGAGCGGCGAUGACGCGUGCUGUCACGGCGCUGACUGACAUGCGUCCGUAGACGUGCGACGGUGCGGAAAAUUGGAGGAGGGUUUGACGCGGAAGUGCAUCGAGAGAGGCAGAGGAGUAAACGGAAGAGACUCGGUGCAGGAUAUCGCGCAGCUCCGGAAGUCACGCAUCGCGCGUGAACGUUUUCAGCGACAAUCGCGACGGCGGCACGCGAGAAGCACGCAAAAUGUUGGCUCGCUACGUCAAGCGGAAAGAGGGUAGGUCGCGUCACAGGCCAGGACGGCUGACACCGAGGGACUAAAGCACGUCGAAUGGAUGUGGGUGAUCUGUCAGGCCCGGCAGGAUUGGUAGGGAGCGGAUCCAUCUCGGUUGCGACGGGUGUUGGUAUUAUUGCCAACGCGACAUCCGCCACCCCAGGGUGGUGGACGCCUACGUCGACGAUCACAUCGGCAGCGGCCAACACCGACGUGAUGAAUCAGCUCUGCAGGGUUUGCGGAGAGCCGGCCGCGGGUUUUCACUUCGGGGCCUUCACGUGCGAAGGCUGCAAGUCCUUCUUCGGGCGCACCUACAACAAUCUGGGCAGCAUUUCCGAAUGCAAGAACGGCGGUGUCUGCGUGAUCAAUAAGAAGAAUCGUACCGCCUGCAAGGCAUGUCGCUUACGGAAGUGCCUAAUGGUGGGCAUGUCCAAGUCCGGCUCGCGUUACGGUCGGCGAUCCAAUUGGUUCAAGAUACACUGCCUGCUGCAGGAGCAAUCCCAGCAAGCGCAAAAUCGCCUGAUCAAGGAUCCGAAGUCCGCGUAUGAGAAAGCGUUCGGCUCGCUAGACGCCGCGAACAACAACAACAACAAUAACAACACCGAGAACGCCAGCAACACCAGCGCCAGCAGCAUCGUCGGCAUCGUCACCACGGCGACCACCACGGCGAACAGUUACCAUCAUCACCUGCACCAUCAUCACCAUCCGGACCGAUUGCCCAAGCGGGAGGACGGGGCGCUCAGGCCACCGGAUAUCCCGGUGCAGCUGAGGUCACCGGACAUCCCGCCGAGAAGCAGCCAGGAAGCGAUUCUGAGGCCUGCCGAUCUCCCGAGGACUCCGCACGAGAUGCUCAGGCCCGAAGUCUCGAGGUUCCCCAUGUGGCGGGGCCCGCCGUUGUUUCAUCCCGCGCUCACGCACAUGCAGCUGCUGAACACGCCGUUCUUCCCGUUUCAGCAGCGCUUCAUCGUACCUUACGUGAAUCAAGUGGGCCCACCGCAGAUGGCGACCAGCCUGUCGAGUUCGUCCAGCGAGAGCGUCAGCCCGCGAUCAACCCCGUCGCCGACGAAGAGAAGCGAGGAAAACCGAGAGUGUCGCGAAAUCGACCGCGACACCGCCGAGCGAGACCGUUGCCCGAGGGCGAAUUCGAUAGAGGUCGCGUACGACAAGAAUCUAACGUUCUUGCGAUCUCUCGGGCCGGAGCAGGACGAGCCGAUGGACCUCAGUAUGAAGGACACGCAGACGGACGGCGGGCAGGAGAUGGACGCUGGCAGCCUGGCGGAGGAGGAGGAGAAGUCGAGCAACAGCGAGGAGAAUGAGCUUCUGCAAGACACCGGACCGCCCUUGGACCUCACCCGGAAGACAUGACCUCGGAUAUCAAAUGGUGCUCACUAACUGCUCAACGAGAACACUCGAUCCGAUCGUGAAAGGAUCGUUGCCAAUGUUGCCCCGAAAUCCGCGUGGAUGAUGGGGCAGUGUCGCCGAGCAAUUUACCGAAGGAGAAGCUGACGACGAUCGAGGCCGCCCUUUCCUGCGGCACGGUCGUAGGAAAAGACUGGAUAGAAAAAGAUGGAUGGGAAAAUAACGAAGAAGACGAAGUAAGAGGAGGAGGAGGAGGAGGAGGAGGAGGAAGAGGAGGCAGAAAAAGAAAAUACGGUGAAGAAGAGAAUGGAGAAGAACGCGCGAAUCACACGAGAUGCGGAGAGGGUGAGAGAAGGUACAGUUACAUCGUAAUAACGCGGAGCGAGAAGCACGGCCGGGUGUCAAAGGUGCCUCGGCGCAAGAAACGAGAAGGCGACUCAUGGGGGAAAGAAGAGGAGUAGCCGAAUACGAUUACGUAUGGAACGACACGAGAGGGAAAAGCAGAAGGAGGAGGGAGAGAGCGCGUCGAAGGAGAGGAAGAGAGGAAGGCGAAGACGAGAGUAGAGGAGGAGGAGGAGGAGGAGGAGGAAGAGGAGGAGAAGAAGAAGUGCCGCGCGCGUAGCCAGCCGGCAUAAACGGCUUUACGAUCGGCGAUCCGUCCGAUCGAUGAAAAUUGCUCAAGCCGCUCGGUAUUAGCCGACACACGAGUCCCUUUUGCCCGGUCGUACCCCGACGGCAGGUGCACAUUGACGAAGCAACCGAGAAUAUAUCUCUCGUCGUAGAAACGUACGACGGACGUAUCGUGCCUUAGCGAAGCUGGGCGUAUCGGACUAUGCGCGACUCGCGAUUCCGCUCAUUCGUCUCUAUGGGGUAUCGUGCACAUUGUGGACGGGAUAGAUUCGUCGCGUUCGUCAUUCGUCAUUCAUCGUUCGCACUGAUCUCUGGUGGAACCAGCGGAGCGAUAUAUCGACGAGGCCGUAGGCUGGGAUGGGGCGUGAAAUCCUUGCAUCAAUCAAUUCAUCCGUUUGUGUAUAUUCGUUCGUGUAUAGAGCUGCGCUAUGCGAACAAACGAAGCCACGCAUCGCGAAUCACGAGUAUGGGAGGGUUCACGCCGGCGAACCGGCGAAUUUCCACUGCCGGGAAUUCACGUACCGCGAAUCACGAGUCACGAAUCGCGCAUGUCGCGGCGCCAGCUCGAAGCGGUGCCUUUAAAAAAUAACGGCGGUAGGAAGCUGUACCGCCGGUGAUAGUUUAACGAUAUGUAACCGUUUGCCGUUUGCGUGGCGACAACGCACGGCACGUUGGAUGGCCAGUGAGUGUAAACUUUCGCGCGUAACUAUUAUUAUCGCGACGCCGACGAACGCGUUCGGGACCCGGACUCUCGCCGAUCCCUGCGUUCGCGUCGAUCCCCCCCUGUCCCCCCCCCCCAAAAAAAUAAGCAAAAUUGACGGCGACGCGAGAGAUCGAACGAUGAUCCGGGCGCCCAAUAAAUUGUGAUUCUGCGAAUUCCAAGUGCUCUUAGUAGUUAUAAUGUAACUUAUGUAUAUUUUUUUUUUCCUCGAGAGUUCGCCCCGUCGGACGAACAAGGAUCACGUCGAACCGUUUCCGAAAACGCUCUGAUCGUGCCGAUCGUCCGCGGUGGGAUCAUCCGCAGUUGCGCUCAAGUACAAAAAGGAAAAAAAAAAAAGAGAGAGAAAAGAACGAGAGGAGAGGGAGACACGCGGGAGGUGCGGUGGCCACGAUCGGACGAUACGCGCGAGGCAUGGGCAUCGUUUGUGUGUUCCGAGUCGAGAGAGGAGAGUACGAAGUGAAAUAAAGAAUAUUGUAUACUUACAAACCUGUGUGUAUGUCGAUGUGUGCGUGCGAGACACCUUGAUCGCCGUUCAUUAAAUAUCCCUCCACUCGCUCAUCGAUCCUCCCGAUCUUACGUUCCUAACGCGAGACGGUAUUCGAUUACUUUCGUCUCGCGCGUCUUUCACAUUCCACGCCGCGCGCGCGCGUUAUAAUAUUAUACGCCGUGCGCGCGCGCGCGCGAGCGCGUAUCAUCGUAUCUGCGAUGUUAUUUAUCUAGCAAUAAAUUUGUCCGCCUUUGAUAUACUACGCAAAACACGUUUUCCCGAUAGUUUCACGCCGACGCGACGCGACGCCGCGGGAAGAAUGAUGCGACUCUCCCCGUCCCCCCCGAGUCGCGAGGACGUCGAAAACGCCUGACAAUAAAUUUUCUUAAAAGUUCAGCAAUAAACACGCGAGUAUAUCGAUCGUAAGGUUUCUCCCCCUAGGGUCGUUUGACCGGGUCAGCUCCGCGCGCGCGCGCGCGGGGGAGAAAAAAUCGACUCUCCGCAGAGGAGACGGCGAGCGAGACGAGCGCGCGAAUGACGUACCGGGAAGUGCGUACUUCUCGUACGCGGAAGUUUUAUUGCUAAUUACAUUAUACUCUUCGAAAUCGAGAUGGUUUCCCGUCGGCGCGUAAUAUUUCGCGCGCGCGCGCGCGCGCGGAACGAAGAUCCCCGGUAAUUUAUGAAUAUCCGCGCCGCCAUCCUCGAGGAUCCUCGAGGUGCCGCAAUUCUCUCGAGAGAAAGAGAGAUCACGGCCGGAAUUUACGUUUUGCGACACGACCCGUCCGUAGAGAUUUGUCUUGAAGGAAAGUUUUCGUCCGUUUUAGAACGCGACCUCCUUUUCGCGAGCACAUUAACGCAUUCUUCAUCAACUGUGCUAUUAUUAGCUAUUUUACUAGUGAGACGCGUACGUGGCAACCUCGUGCCUCAUCAAGAGUACAAAUAUUUCGAUUAUCUAAAUACGGUUUCACAAUUGCGAAUGCACUCGGCUUCGUUGGAGGCAGAGCUACUUCGUAUUAUUAUUAUUACGUCGAGCGCUUCGAAUUUCAGAAAACUGCAAACUGCACAGCAACGUAUCCGCCGUGGUAUUAAUACGCUGUUUGAUUUAUGCAUGGCCUCCGUGGCUCUUUGCGAGUAUUUGCAAAAGAUACUUCUCCAAGUUAGACUAGAACGUAAUAUGCCUGGCAACAUAAAUUGUGCAACGCGGAACGUGCGCAAGUUCGCAAAAUCGUGUUUGCGGCGGCGCGCAAGCCCCGGCACACGAGAUCUCUGUCAAUAUUCUCGCGAGCAAAAUGGCCUUCCCCGUGCUGGGGCACUCAAAUAGCGCUUCGCACAUAUUGCGAGCAUGUUUUCGCAUAUAUAUAACCAGCGAGCGGCUGAGAAAAGACGAUUCGUGUUUUCCGUCGCGCGAGGUAAUUAGUACCGAAGUUAUGAAUCCCUUAACAGGAAAACGCAUCAUCUCUAAUUAGAGUAUUCCAAAGUGUUUCUUCGUUGCCGCGAGGAUAUAAUAAAUCCAAUUAUAGCAAUUCGUGCAUUAACAUAUGGUACAAACGUAUAUGGACGUGUGCAGACAAAAAAUUAGCUUCAGAUUUACAAUCAUUGUCUUAUAAGAUGUAAAAUAAAGUCUUUUUCAAAUGAUUUUCUUGAACAUACAUAAUUUGCUCACAUGAAGAAAUUUAGUAUAGUUUCGUCGAGAAAAAUACAAGACAAGAGUAACAAUAUCUUGAAACCAAGAAUUAAACUUUUUUUAAUACCAUUAUUAUUAAAAUAAUAACAUUAUGCUCUUAAGAUGCAUGACCAUUAUUAUAUUAAAAUUUGAAAUUAAAAUCAUCUCGUUAAAGAAGUUUCUUUUAUAUGCUUGCUCAUGUACGGGACAAUGAUUGUCAAGUUGGUAUUAACUUUUUCCCUGUAUGUAGAAUCUUUCUCAUGUCGUUUUCUGAACGCGAUACGAUCUCAAAAGAGACAUCGCGUUUCGACAGUAACGAAUUGCACGAUGCGGGUGAUUGCUUUUUAAUUUAACGAGCACUUUCAUUCUUCUCGUUUCGAUUUCGGGCAUUUAGCCCUUCAAUUCGCCGCGCUGUUACCGGCACCGGGACCCCGUUAUACGCGAUAUUAACUAACGCAAUGAUUCGCGCGGCGGUUACAAUUAUUAUCAUUACGCAUUUAAUAACGAGUCGAGCCGCGGGUUAUCGUUAGCCCGGGAUUCCCUUCGCGUACAGCAGCACGCCACGAGCGAGCUACGUUUGCGAAGGUACCUUUCAACGGUAGUCGCUACUCGAGAGUCGCGUUUCCGCAUUUCGAUCUCUCCGCAGGGCCUCCUCCGACGUACACGCGCGCGAGAAUUCGCGAGCGACGCGCGAGUAAUGCGUGGUACCGGCGGGCAUAUUGCACGCAUCUACGCCAACGUGAGGUGUUCACCUGCGUGCACCUGCGUUCACUCGCGUUCACGCUCGUAACCUCGCGACUGUAAAACGCCCCGAGUGGAUAAGACUGCCGCUUGUUGACUUAGGCGGGACAAGAGAGACCACUCGAUGUUCUGAUGUACCCGCGGGGCACUUCCUGUCGGAUACCCCGAUUCAGGGGUAUUCUGACGGACGGGUUACGGGGUACGCCAAGGAAUAAGUACGAGGAACGAUAUGUGUCACAAGUGGCUGCUCCAACCUCAUCGAACGAUUUUAUAUCGCGCAAUGAUCGCGCAUUCUGUAUGUCUUGAUACGCAUUUGCGGCUUGGUCACAGAAAACACGAAAAUUUAAUUUGUUCUGAAAGUCCACUUCAAAUUUGCAAUCAAAGUAUAGUGGACAUAAAAAAUUGUAAAAAGGAAAUGAUAGGUGAGAAUAAUUGUACCAUUUAAGUCAUUUGGUUGAGAUCCUCUUGAGUGUACAUUUUUCAAUCGAUUUGGUUUUUUGAAAUUGUUAACUUUUUAAAUCUUUCAAUUUUUCCAAUCUAAUCUUUAAUUAAAAGUAUUAAGAUGGAAUUUUUUACAUUGCUUUCACAUGCAAGAUUAAAUUCGCAAACGUAAUAAAAUAAUUAAAUUAAAAUAUACUCGAUUUAUGUCAUACUUAACUUGCAUUUUUUCCGUCAUGAUAAAUGUUUAGAAAUGUCACUUGUGUGCUACAACAAUAACGUAAUAGCAAUAAAAUGUUUUUCUCUUAAACCUGAUUUAAAAAAAAAGAAAAGGUAAUUAUCGGAGUAAUUAUCACAGAUAAAAUAUUUGCCACAUGUCUAGUCGGACAAAAUUUGUCAAAAUAAAGAAUCAUCAGGAAAUUUCUAACAGCUACGGGCGAUCGGUUUAAAAUGUUUAGUAUCGAAAAGAGCGCGGAGUGCAUAUGUAAAUCAUUAAUCAUGUCUAUCGGGCUGACACUGUCGAAGAAUUCGAUCAUUUAAUCAUUUUGACACCUUGUCGAACAUAAUGUCCGAGGAUAUUCGUCAUUCAAUCGUCCUUAAAGCUAUGUUAAUUCCUGCUCUAACUUUUUUUUUUAUAAAUUUUUAUGUCUUCUCACAUCUCGGGUGCUAUUCACUCUGCUCAUACACACAUUUCUUCAUUCAUUUUUCUGACACUAAUCAUUCUGAAGACGCGUCUCUCCGGGGCUUCGGUAAAGAUGGUUCUCUUUUAUUAGGUGUAACAGGAUACAGUAAUAGUGUAUUUAACGCGAUGGCACAUCGCAAGGAUCGACAUUAAUGUCAACCGUUUUUAUUUCCGCACGCAAAACAUCAUCGAAGCCUUACACUCUCUGCACACAAAGUUUUCCGCACCGCAGAGUUAUUUUUAUAUCAUUGAAUAAUUUUGUAACAGUCUUUUACGCCGUAUAUCUUCCGAGCCAUAAACGUUUUUCAGGCACGUUUUUGCAAUGCGUUAUUUAUUCGCCGCUGAUGUACGCAACGACGUUAUAAAUUAAUCUAUUUAUCUAUUAAUUUGUCUAUUCGUACGAGACCUCUCUAUCUUUCCGUAUUAAUUAGGCGUUUAAUUAUUUUUGGUACGACGCGUUGCCGCAUUGUGGAGCGUCCCGGUGUAUUCUGCAAGCAUUGAAAUUUUAAUUUGUUUUUUCAACAAUUCUUGCGCCAUCCUGAUAUAUCCUUUGUCGCAUGAAUCCUUCUCAGAUGUGCCGUUUUAUUGCUGAUGAUGGCAAGUCGGACCGUCUCUUUCCCAUUCGCACCUGCCGAGCAAUCGGGGUGUUACAGACGUGUCAAAAUAGGUCCUGUCUCGAGGACACAGUCUCGUGUCGCCAGACGUCUAAAAAUCACAUCAUUACGCGAUCGUCCGCGAAGAAGAGAGAGAGAGAGAGAGACGCACCUGACUUUUUUAUCCUCCCAACUUGAGAACCGUUCAAUCUCCACGAGACGUCUCUCGGAUUAUGAGAGAGUAUGCGGCAUAAUGGCGUACUUGCCUAUUGCCGAGCGUUCUUUUUUCUCCCCUCUUUCGUUUCUCUCGUGUCUUCUAGAUGAGUUACGUAAGUAACCGACGAGGAAACCGUGUGACAGGAUUCUCCAAUUCCUCCGUCUUGUCAUAAAUUAAUAAAACUCUUUCCUCUUUCUCUCCCUUUCUCUGUACGAGAGUGAGAGAGGCAGAAAAAUGGAGUAACCAGAAGGAAGCGAGAGACAGACGGACAGACAGACAUAGAGGGACAGAGGGCGAGAGGGACGGAGUGACGAAGGAGCGAGCCCGGAAGAGAAGCAGGACCGGUUGCUUGUUCAUUGACGGGGCGAAGGCCCGCUCGUGAAUGGUAGUGGACACACUCGCGAGCCAAGAAUAGGAUUCACCUCUUGGCGGUCUCGAAUUUUUCUGCAUCUCGCACAUGAACUCGCGCCACGGCCGGCCGUGUCACGUCGCAUCUCCGUCCUUCCUUCCCCGCCUCCUCCCCAACGCCUCUCCGCCGGAGAGAGAGAGAGAGACGUGGCUGUAGUUCAGCGACGCUGAUUAAUGCGCGGAUGCCGAGGACAAUCUUGAUCGUGUCGUGACGGGCAAUCAGCUUCACCGCUUGCCUUGAUUUCCGGCAGUACCCGUCACAGCGUCCGACAAACUCGCGAUUGUUUCUGGUGCGAUUUCCCUGAAGGAGUUCGCGCUUUCCCACAUCACACUGAGAUGGAAAUAAUUUGAUUGAUAAAAUUAUGAUUAAUCCAUUAGACGUUUACCGGGACCGAGCUAUUCGCACAGGCGUCGUGGUCUUUUAAUAUUGAACAAUGACGGUCGAGAGCCUUCGCAUUUCGAGAGCCAUUUAUAACGGUAGUAGCCUGAUGGAACGCGUCUAUGAGUAGCCGUUAAAAGUAUAAUAAAUUUCGUCAGAAAGAUGUGUUUUUAUUUCGGUCGAUUUAAUAUUCAAGCCCUGCGAAAUUCCAAGCGUGUUUCUAUUCACCUUCGGUCCUUUUAAUGGCCGAGCGAUGUCACGGCCGUUGAAGGACACGGCGACGUCGACUGAUGAUCCUCCCCGCGGAAGUCUGGAAGAAUCGUCCGCUCCGAUCCGAAUGUUCACGCUGGUUGUUGCUUAUAUUUAAAAAGCUGGUCAGGAACAUUAUGCGUACACCUAUCAAAAAGUUAUAUUGAUCAUUUCGCGACGGUAAAAUAUUACGUCGCGUCGCGACUCUUUGGCUCACCAAAAGCGGAAGAAUCUCAAUGAACGGCGAAGUACUUUUACCCCUGCGGACAAUAGAGCAUCGUACCGCGCAUUAAUGUCCAGGUCAUGUGUGCGCCACGUAGGUAGACAGGUAGUCGGAGGGCAGGAGGAAAGAAGAAGAAGAAACCAAAGGACGGCAAGAAGAAGAAGAAGAAGAAGAAGUAAACGCAGGUCGUAGCUGGCGAAGGUAGCACGAUACACACUAAGGUCGGCAGAUGCGCGGUACGAAUGUAAGAGGGGCCAUUACGCGCGAGUGCGUGAGGUAAAGAGGUUUACUACACCUGUGGCCUGUGGGCUUGGCCGGGCACGCGAGAGAGAGACAGAGAGACAGAGAAGAAGAAGAAGACUAAGAAGAAGAAGAGCGGGAGAGAAAGCCGGCCGCGAGAGAAGACAGAGAGGAGAGACGGCGUAGGGAGGAAAGGGAACGAAGAGAGGUGAGAGCAACAGAGGAGAGGACACGCUUAAGGUUGACAAUCCGGGGUCACUGAGCGAAGCUAUCCGUGCUCCCUCCGAUUGGUCGCCGGGAAAUUCAUAAUACGUUUUUCAUAUAUGUCGGAGAGCCCUGGCUGGCGUUGCACCGGCCGGGGGUAGGGUCGAGAGUCGAGUCGACUCUCCCGAGUCAAGACGAGUCGAGUUGAGCCGAGUCCGGUCGAGUCUCGAGCGUUUCGCCGGACGUUUACGAGCGUUUGACCCUAAGUGUACGGUGGGAGCGCGGGAAGUAGAGGAGGCGGAAGAGAGUAGACGGGGCGAUGGAGAGAAAGGGAGAAGUCGCUCUCUUGCCGCGGUCCUGCUAAUUGGGUACGUUGCGCACGCAUCGUCGUAAGAGGAUCCUUGAGUGGACGUAAACCCAAUAUCGCCGCCGUGUAUGAGAAAGGGAUGCGUCGUUCCCGAAGCCGACGCGACGGCACUGCUCCUCUAAUGGGCGAUUCGGCGUGACGCGUUGCCGCACCAACGCAAUGUCGGUUUGCCGUUGGUUGUCGAUCGGUCACCACCGUCGCCACCGUGGACGAAGAGUCGCCUGGCCUCGGAUAGAAAUCGCAUAUCUUUCUACAAACGUAUCGCCGAUCAAAUCUAGAAAGAUGACUGCGAGAAUAGGUGUUAGAUAUUUAUAGCGUUCGUGUAACGAGGCAUCUCGAUACUUUCAUUUAUUCAGUAACGAAUGCCACAGUCGACGCGGGAUACCAUCGGAGAGAGUAUCGUGAAGAUUCGGUUUUCACGUUGUUUAGCCUGAGAUUUAAUUUAGACAAAAUUCAGAGAUCUUUUGCUCACCUAAAUAAAAAGAACAGUUUUUGUAAAUAUUUAACAAAUUAGUUACAUAUAUAUCUUAAAAUAAGUUUGUUAGACUGUCUAAAUAAUUGUGAAAGAUACUCGAGCAUGAUGAGUAAUGAUGCAAAAAAUUUAGACAUUUUAACUAGCUUAAAUGUCGUACAUAAUUAUUUAUAUGGUCUAACAAAAAUAUUUUCAGAUUUGCUUACAUAGAUAAAUUCUUAGAUUAAUUCGCAAACAGAGAAUUCUCUAGGUUGAUCAAUCAAUACAAAUGUAUUUGUAGAGAUUGCGAGUUCUUGAGUGUCACAGUUCACGAAAAAGAAAAUAUCACUUUUGAGAAAUAUAUUAAAUUCUCUUCAUAAAUUUUAUAUAAAUGGUGAAUAUAAAUGAUGACACUUGGCAAAUUUUGCUUGUAAAACACGAGAGCUGCUAAGCUCAUCAAUCAGUUUCAACAAAAAGUAAAUUGCGACCGGUCGGUUUCGCCUAUAAAAAUUUAUGCAAGAAGUGCGUUGUCAUUAAAACGUGAUUGUGUGUAUGUCUUCGAAUUUAUAUAAAUUAUAAUAAGAAAGGGAAGAAAAAAACAAAUAUAUAAAUAAUAAAAGAAGUAUAAUUCACUUUUUCCGUAAUAGUUAUAUUCUGGAAUGUCUAGGAGAGGCGGUGGGUACGUAAUUCUUCUCAACUCUCUCUCUCUCUCUUUCUAACAUUCGUGAGAUAUAAGAUUCCGUGGAUUCCAAUUAGGGCGGCUAGGUCAUAAAAGUAGCUCAUGGAGAUUUUAUUUCGCUCGUUGGCUCCAUGUCAGAGAAGCUUGCGACACACAUGUGUAGGAGUUUAAAAAUUGAGAUAGGAGUGUUAUCGUUUCGCAUAAAAUUAUCAUCGGUCUUUCCCGAUCGAUCGGCUGUGUCGAAGCGUCGCGCGGAUAAGAAACACGUUGGACCGGCAAUAAUUAUGAUACAGUCAAGCGUCGUGAUGGUCCAUAACGUUCAAGUGCAAUUAAUAAAGGCUAGUCAACUGGUUUCACCAAAAAUGCUAAAUGCUGUAAACCUAUUAUUCAUCGUUCGAAAUCGCGAUUCCGUAACCCGUGAUUUGGACAGAAGAAUUAACGGCUGUUAUGGUGACGAUAUUCGCGCUCAGUCAGAUUUUAUUGGUGACAUUUGCAUACCUCGGCAUAAAAAUCGUCCCGAGGCGCAUAUAUCGCGCCUAAAGUCACCCGAUUGCGUGUGUAUGCGAAACUCUGAAUAUGCAUUGACCAAUGUUUGGAAACAAGUUGCUUUGUUGAACUUCAGCCAGAUUACGUGGAACUCUUCACGAUUAUUAUUCAACGCGAUCGAAUAUUUUAUACGAGUGACAAUCGUGAGGUCAUCGAAUAAUAAUAAUUUAUAGUGGAGUUUUAUUUAUUUUACGGUACAAUGGAUGAAAAUAAUGGAAAUAUUAAUACAUAUAUUAAUAUCUUUUCAUAUUUUAAAUUUGUAUUAUCAUUUAAUUAGCAUCGGGGCGACUCUGCUAAUUAAAUCAAUAUACACGUGGUAAAAAAGAUUUCUGUUCAAAUAUAUGAUCAAGAAACCUGCGAGUUGUGACAAUAUAUAACGUAGAUUUAAAUGUAAAUCUAACGAUUUAUUUGUGCUCGAACAUCUAGUCCUGUGAGAAUUCGCAUUUAAUGUUCUCAUUUUUUUCUUUUUAUUUCAAUGAAUAUUUAUAUAAAAACGUUUCACCGUUCAAACUCGUUCGUAUAAUUCUCUACUUAAUACACUUAAUUUACUUAACACACGUUGUAAUAGGACUAAAUGUUUCUUUUAAUUGGCAGAUUACAGCGUUCUAGGUUGUAUAAAAAUUCGUGCUAACAUAUUUAUUACCAAUGCAAUUAAGAAUAUUCCAAUCUUCCAAUUAAGAAUGUUCUGUAUUACUUAUAUAUAUUCUUAUUAAUUGAUAACUGUUUUUUAAAACUUGUGUAUUAAAUUUGAAUCGGAAAUUUGGGGACAUGUAAGCAUUUUUUCUCACACAAACGUACAUGCUAUAAUUAACUACAGCAUCAUUAAUAUAUAAUUAUUAUUUUUAUAGAACACUGACAGGCGAAAACAAAUUCAUCCCAAUUAUGCGGAAGUUUCGAAGGAUCCCAUAAGACUCGUGUGAUCGAUCACACAAAACGUGGAGAGUCAUCGACGACUCGGAGCUUAUACAUCUUGUGUGAAUUCUUUUUGGCGUUAUUAAAGAAAGAGAAAGAGAGAGAGAGAGAGAGAGAGAGAGAGAGAGAGAGAGAGAGAGAGAGGGGGAGAGACAGAGACAGACGGAGAGGGAGUAUAUUUAACGAUGCACUCGGUCACGUCAUCGAAAGUUUCUCGAUCGAAAGUUACUGCGUAGGCGCAGAAGACGCGCGCUCGCAUGACCAUUAAUAAAGUUGUGCCGUAUCCACGAUAAGGAAUAUCUAUGACGAUCGAGAAAUAUUUUAUCUGUCGAAAUCCGCGCGCACGCGUCUCACUCGUGCAUGCAAGGUAUGAAAAAGGAGGACGUUCCUCGCUUGAGAAAAAACGCAAUUGGUACAUAGGACGGGGGGGGGGGAUUAAUGCAAGUCACCUAAGUUUCCUCGUUGCCAUUUUUCAUGAUUUCUUAUAAUUAAGAAUACGCGCUUCUGCGCGUAUAAAAAGAAUGUUAAUGCCACUUUCCUCCAGUAAAGCCGGGUUCCUCGAUGUAAGACGGAUUGCCAGUUCUACAUCUUCCGGACAAUCGAUGCGGAUGUUAAAAAUUGCGUGUUUAACAUUUAAGCGAACCUUCCAGCCGGUGAAAGCCGGAUCGGUUCGUCCAUAAUAUCGACUCCAAUAAUUUAAAUAACUCAACGAUUCAAAUCAACUGUAUUAAUAUUGAUUUCAAGCUUUUGUUGGUAUCUUUAUGUUUACAUACUAAUAGAGCGAUAACUGCAACACGGCGAACGUCCCGGGCGAUGUUUCAAGCGGAAGAGAAGAAUCGCGGGUGCGCGCACGACUCGAUUUCGAGGAGUCCCCGAGCGGCGAAUUCUCACCCGCGAAACGUGACCAUUAAUAAGACGGCACGUCCAGGGCCCCGGGACACGAUAAGGACCCUCCGCGUGCCGCGGUGCGACCGAUGCGCUGCCGUUAAGAUCCCGUACCUCCCUUUGCCUCCCGCCCCUCCCCGCGCGCGCGCACGCCGGGAAUGUGCAUGGCGCGUCCUUUCGCGCGGACUAAGGUAACUUAUUCUCUGUCUUUGUGGGCGCCCUUUUUGCGCGCUCACUCGUCCGCGGGAUAGGGUUAAGUGGGUGCGACCCCAGGACGCUAAAUAAUAUCGAGCUGUGCCAUCUACCGAGUACGUGGCCGCGCCAUUUUGAAAUAUUACGCCGGACGCUUUAUCAUUCGCGUGUGCGCGCGCGCAAGAAAGACAGAGCGUCUCGUCCUCCCGGCGACGCCGGAUUUAUAGACGUGCGCAGAAGUAGGGCCCGAUGUGAGCCUGCAGGUGAUGGGUAGCGCAGUUGCGACACCAAAGCCGCACCAAAAUGGUAGCUGGGGGGUCAGAAUUUCAUUCACGCGACAAUAAACGUUAUCGAUGAUUACUACCCAGAUAUAUAAUUUCCCGUUUGUGGCUCAAAUCUUGAUCAAAUUUAUAAUAAUGAUCAAAUAUGUAUUAAUAAAAUUGCAGAAAAUUUUUUUACGUUCCUCAAUCAUUGCCAAUAUAAAAAAAAAA